UACCUUAUACAGAUAUUUUAUGACAAGAACAUCUCAUUUUUCUUUUUUAAUGGGAUCACUUUUAGCCAAAUAUCUGCAGGUCGCAAAAUUGAAAAAUAUUAAGGACAAGUGGCAUCAUUUUGUCGACUUAUUUCAUCCAUUCAUCUCUACAUCAUUUUGUGGAUUCAUCAUUUCAUCCAUUCAUCUCUACAUCAAUGAUCCGAGUAUUGAUAUUUUGAAUGAUGUUGAUGCCAAGUUCGAGAAAGACCCUGAUAGAAUAAUCACGGAACUUGAAUUAAAACAUAAAAAACCUCAAAACGAUUUUAUGAAUAAGCUAUCUUUACCCAAAGGUUCUGAAGCUCCGAGGGAAUUACGAAGAAAAGAAUUUGUUUUAAGAAAUUCAACUUUAACAAAUCUUUGGAGAAGUCCUAAUGUACGCUCUUUAUACAACUUAAUUCUUGCUUUUUUUGUAUUCCUGUACCUGCACAUCGCUAUCUUCUAUUACUUUAAUGUUGAACGGUUAAAAAGAGAUUUAGCAUUGGUUUCAUGGUCAUUUGGUCAGUUUCACAUUGUUACUGCCGUAUGGAUUGGCAUCAACUUAUCGAUUGUUUUCUUUUUACAUCCUGUCUUUCGAUUCUGGGCUUCUUCUAGAGCAUUUGCGAAGAAGAAGGGCCUUUAUGAUUUGAUGUUUUGCACUUUAUUCGUUUUGUAUGAAGCGGCUUUGCUGAUAAUUCCACCAAAAAUAAUCAUAGACUGCAAUAUACCACCCGCAUCAUCUUGCGCGUUAGUAAUGGAACAGUUUAGACUUUUUAUGAAGAGUUAUGCAUUUGUUCGAGAAAACAUUAACAGAGUUUUAAAGUAUAAGCUCCAUCAAGAUGAUGAUGAGGAAUCAAACUCACCUCCUUGUCUAGAAGUAGGAAAACUGAUAUAUUUUUUAUUUGCACCUACAUUAAUUUACAGAGAUAGCUAUCCAAGAACAUCUGGUAUUCGCUGGGGUUUCGUUGCCUGGAAUCUUUUGCAAUUAUUUCUUAUUGUAUUGGGUGACUAUAUUGUCUACAUUUGUUUCUUAGCGAAUAGCUUCAACAAGGCGGGCAUUGAACCCAUACCCAUCACUCAUUUUGUGUGUUUGAUGGCUAUUGCAAUCUUCGCAGGUAGUAUGAUCUCGUUCGUAACGUUUUAUCCCAUAUUACACUGUUUGCCGAAUGCUUUUGCUGAAAUGCUGAGGUUUGGCGACAGAUUGUUUUAUGAAGAUUGGUGGAACUGUACUUCCUAUACAAAAUUUUACCGAUCUUGGAAUAUACUUGUACAUGAUUGGCUGUACUUCUACAUAUAUUGUGAUAUGUACGCUAUUUUGAAAAGCAGAACUGUUGCUAUGUUGUCAGUUUUUCUGCUAUCUGCAAUUGUUCAUGAAUAUAUCGUAGCCGUUUCUCUCAGAUUUAUAUUCCCUCCUUUAUUCACAUUAUUUUACAUAGCUGGUAUUAUAUUCAUUUUUAUGACUCGAAGAAGAACCUCAAACUUCUGGAACUUUUUCCUUUGGUUUACUUUGUUGCUAGGAUAUGGACUUUUACUAGUUUUCUACUCUUUGGAAAUGUCUGCCAGGAUCAACUGCCCGAGGAUUUUAGCCAGACCAUUUCACCUACACCUACCAAAUUUGGUACAUGUAUACCUUGGAGGUCGGGAAUGUGCACCUGGGGUUCCUUUUUUUGAAUUUUUAAUUAGAAUUUUAACUUUUAAUUAAAAACUAACUUUCCCGCCAAACAAAUUAUUUCUUUCCCCACCGCCAAAUGAGUAAGGCUUCAACAUUUUUUCCCAACAGCAAUGAGGCUUAGGCGUAACAUUUUCCUGCCGAUUAAUUCAAACGAUUCUAUUCAUUUUCUUAAUGUUUUAUGCAUUUAAAAUUAAAGAUUAUUAAUUAAUCGAUCUUUCAGAUUCAUUCUGAAGUACUUUUGAAUUAAAAUAACUCAGAUUAAAGGAAAUUAAAAAUUUCUAAUCGGCA